GGGUGUUGCUUUUCGAUUUUAAAAUCUUAUAAAAUUUAUGAGGUAUUUAGAUGCAAUAUAUUGUAAUGCAAGCUGAAAAUUCCAUACCUGUACCACAAAUACUGUUUGGAAUAAAGCUAUUAUUAUUAUGAUUAUUAUUAUUACAUACACACACCCAACCCUCCAAAAUACUAUAGAACAACAUUGCCUUUGAAUACAAGACGUCACGAAAAGCCGCUUGCGGUUUAAAAGAAAGUCAUCCCAAAAGCACCUCAUACUGUUAACUGUUUGCUAGCCUGACUGCAGUUUGAACGAGAUAGAGGAUGAGUUCCACCAAAAAGUCUAGUUUUCUGAGAAACGGAUGACGCUGAGAUACAGUCCUUUUAGCAGCCGACUUCAACACAUGUCCCAACCAUUUACCCUGGCAUCCCGAGCCAUUGAUGUAUGUUGUGUUUCAGAAACACGCAAACAAGACCCAAGUGUGGUUAUUCACCUAACUACACCUGGCCAACAGGAUGAAUCUUCAAAAUUCACCUUGAGGGUGUCAGGAGAUGCCACAGCUAGUUCACGAGGAUUAGCUGGCGUACGGAUAGCUUUGAGUACUAGGGCAGAAAAGACAUUACUUGACUGGAUCCCAGUAGAUAGCCGAAUGUGUGCUGUCCGUCUGAACGGAUCAGUAAGAAGGAGAAAGGACUGCACCACUCGCCGAUGCCUUUUCGUAAUCUCCGCCUACGCCCCCACUGACUGCAGUUCAGAUGAAACGAAGGAUGAGUUCUACCAAAAGCUGUCUAGUUUGGUGAGGAAGGCUAAACGCUCAGAUAUAGUCGUUCUAGCUAGUGACAUCAAUGCUCAAGUAGGGAAAUUGUGUCAAUCUGAGAAGGAUGUCAAUGGCACCUAUGGAGUCCUGUGCCAGCGAACCGACAGCAGUGACCGUCUCCUACAGUUCUGUUCAGAUAAUCAUUUGUUUCUCGUAAGCACUAACUUUAAACACAAGGAGAGACACUGUUUAACCUGGCGACCUCCAUCAUCAAACCCGACCGAUCCCUCACGAAAUCUCAACACCGAUACAGAAGGCUCCGUCAGCAUUCGACAACCUACCCCCAUCUCUGUCCUACUGGACGUCAUAUCCCGCUGGCUAUUCAUCGAUCAAACGACGUGUCUAUUGCACGGCACUUCACUCCCAUCCUCCUUAUUGGUCGCUGUCAGCGAGACACCCUCUUUGUCAUUACCAGCACUCGUCUUCACUUCUGUAUUCAGUACAGUGUGCACUGAACUCAGCUUCUCCUUCUCUGGAUUCGUUCAUCUUCUCUCUCACUAUCCUUUUCUCUUCCACUCGCUUACAAGUACCUGUUCAGAGUCAUUUCUUGUCUUGUCUCUUCUUUCUUCCUACAACAGUUAAGCACAUUUUCUUGGACAUCACCUUCACAGAGUUUCAAUCUUCUUACACACAGGUUUCCGCAGUGAUACCACGUAGUGUCUCCGAUUUUGCUCUCAUCCGAUCUGCAGUGAAAGUGUCCCUUGUAGUUUUGUCCUUCAGUUUCUGAAUGUCGAACUUCAAUUACAGUGACCUGUCUCCAGUUGUUAUGAAGGAUUUCAACUUCACCUUGAAGGUUCCUUGAACUAGAUGACGAUCUGAUCACACCUAGAAGAGUUAGUUCAACCCAAACACGUAGGAAAGUGUAGACUUCCGCCUGGUUCGCGGAUUGGAGUCAUCGGGAUGCUAAGAACCAAUGAAGACUCGAGACAUUUGACGAUAUAACUCAAAAUCAUUCUCAAUCAUGACAAAGAUGCAUUCACUCUCUUUGAUAUAGCAUAUCAAAUAAAAAUCCUAUCGUUUUCCCAGAUUACCGUACUUUCUCCCUCACAUUUCUACCUAUUGUCUCUCUUUUGAAUCUCUCUUCACUCUCUUCUCUUGUUUUGUGUGCUACAUGGAGAAUGACAACGCGAACUGUUACACUUCUGUGUAAAGUUCUACGUAAAAACCAGUUAGUCGGUCACUGUAUUAUCAUCAGACAACUUGAUCUAAUAUGGGAUGAAAUUUUACCCCAUGGCCCAUACUCUUCUUUAACUUGAAGCUUAUGCGUCGGUGGCACAGUGGUUAGGAUUCUCGCCGACCAUGCACAUG